AUGGACUCCGAAUUCAGCUCCAACAGGUUCUCCACGCCCGUGGAAGGCUUUCAAGCGCCUAUCCGUCAUCCGGAUCUAUGCUUCGACGACGGCAACCUCGCGGUUGUUACAGGCUCCCAUUACUUUGUUGUUCACCGCGGUCUCCUCUGUCGACACUCGGAAGUGCUCGAGAAACAGCUGGUAGCCGUCUCGAAGGAAGAUCAUGGCUUGCUUGAGGGACAUACUGUUUUAGCCCUUGACGACGACCCCACCGACUUCGCCCAUUUCCUCCGAGCUUUGUACGGGUUCUCUUACGACAAUUCUGUCGGCAACUUCCCGGUGGCUUCUGCCAUCCUCCGGCUUUCGACCAAAUACGAGAUCGCCGGCUUGCGCGAGACUGCCAUCCGUAAUCUGUCUGUGUCUUGGCCCACGACUCUGGAUCUCUGGGAACUACGAGAGAAGGCCGCUACGAGCGCGGACGGCAUGUACGCUCCGCGUCCCUCGCUCCCUCAUCCCAUCCUGCUCAUUAACCUGGCAAGAGAAAUUGAGGAACCCACCCUCUUACCAUCCGCAUUCUACGACCUCUCGCGCUACCUCCCCAGCCAACUCAUGGAGGGUCAUGCAGGCCCCGACGGCGUGCAUCACCACCUCACCGAUGACGACCUCUGCAAAGUUCUCCGCGGGAAGGAGCAGGGCGCCCGCUUCUUCUCUACCUUCAUCGUCACCGAGCUCGAGGCCAGAGGCCCCUCCGUCCAGUGCUUACACCGGAACGAAGUCCAGCCGGCGCUCAAGCGCGCCUGCCAGAUGGCCUUCGAGGCGGUCACGUUCGAGCUCAUCCGCGACGUCAACGGCAUGGUGUGCAACCGCAACACCGACCCGCUCUUUACGAUCGCGGACAGCGUGCUUAUGCAGACGCGGGACGACCAGCCUGGGGUGGAGAAUAAGGCGGCGUACCGGGCGUGCGAGGCUUGUCGGCUGGACUACGCUGCGGUAGUGCAGGCGGCACGAGAGGACUUCUGGCGGCAGCUCCCGACCUGGUUCGAGUUGGAUGUGAAGAACUGGGGCUGA